GUCGCUCCUCAAACACCAAUCUUGACAAACAACAACACUCACAUCACUUUUCACGCCAACUACACAGACCACGCGAACAUUGCUUGACGCCAAAAACCAAUGGGCAAGACGGACGAUCUGAUUCUGCAGGUGGAGAGAACGUCCGACAAGAACCGCGCGGCGCUGCAACCGCUGCUCGAAGCCAUGCUCGCACGGACGACCGGCGCGGGUCCAGAUCGAUUGCAGAAAUUCGAGCGUGCAGGCAUGCACCACAAGUUGACACGGAUACUCGCAGCCGCACUGGCCAAUCCCAUCCCCAAGCAACACGAGGACACCAACGAAGUGGACGACGAAGACGAGGACGAUGACCCACUCGUCGUGCUGUGCUCGUCCAUCAUUUGCAAUCUUAGUGGUCCGACUGCUCGACUUCCAGUCACAAAGACCUAUCCAUUGCCAAACGGACUCCAAGUGGUACUACGAGAGCCGGAUUUCGCCGAUGCAGAUGUCGGCUGGACAACAUGGCCUGCGACGCGAUGUCUCACAGAGUGGCUCGUUUCGCAGCCACACCUCAUCCGAGGGAAGCGUAUCAUUGAGAUUGGUUGCGGGACUGCAAUGGCUGGGAUUGCUUGCGCACUCGCGGGCGCAGAGUACGUCGCACUGACAGACUACCUUCCCGCCAUCAUCAAGAAUACAUGGGUGAAUCUGUCCUUGAACGGGCUGGCCGUGAAGGCAUCCCAGCCCGCGGACGACCAACAGCAGCACGCCAAUCCCGACAACCUCUACACUUCCAACCCUGACAGUCCUUGUACAGUCGAUGCGUUUCUACUGGAUUGGAAUGACAUUUCAAGGUGGCACGAGGCUCAUGUUGGAGCUCCUGCUGCGUUUGCCCAUUCAGACGAAACGACGCCACCUGCCACCUGCUCGUCCCACGCACAUGGCACUACCGACGAAGUCACUCGGUUGAAAAAGCUGUGCCAUGCAUUUGACUUGGUGGUUGCAUGCGAAUGCAUCUAUGAAGAGUCCCAUUGCGAGCUCGUUUCCCGCACUCUGAGCUUCCUUUUGCGCAACACGCCGAAUGCCGAGUGCUAUGUUGCCACUCCCGCCCAUGAGCAGCGAAGACCCGGUGUCAUUCGAUUUGAGCAGUGCAUGUCCCAGCUAGGUUUCAAGCUCCGGCUCGAGGUGACGACGGUGGAGGAUCGCAUGUGGGCCAAGGAAGAACGUCUGUAUGGCCGAUUUAUUUGCCAAAGAGAGCUGCAGCAGAUCGAACAUUGAUUCGAGUUCACACCGCGUCUCGAGCGGCCUGCUUGAUUUGUGGUUGAGUCGGGAAAUAAACCCGGCUGAUCGACUUGUGCCAAAUUUCAGUUUUUGCCUUUUUGAAUUUGCACUGUGCGUCGCGUGAGAUGCGUUGCGUUGAGAUGAUCAAUUUUUUUUUGUUUUGUUAUUGGAAUACGAGUAACGAAAUAACAAUGGAAAUGUAAUUGUUCAAGC